ACACACACACACACACUUUAGAAAGUCUCCACAGGAAACGGUGAGCCAUAAUGCGAAGGCACCUCGGAGCAGACGGCCGCCUUUGCUUCAAACCAAUUGGGAUACGGUCGCCGGGCUUUGAUAGUGCGUUAAUUACUCAUGUGAUGUGAUACAGAUGUCUGGGGGCUUCAGCCGAAACUUUGCCUGACGCUUUCCGAGGGGGCCAGGCAGACAUUUUUAGAGAAGCGUGAUAACGUGGGAGUGGAACCAAAGUACAGCCAGCGUUCCAUAAUGGCCGCCACAGCCAUGCAUAUGUUGCUGCUAAUGGGCUGUAUGGCAGCCAAAGGAAUGUGCCAGAUAAACAACGCUGCAGCGGAGGAGGACCAUCACGUCGGAUUGCUCCUCCGCUCCACCCUUCAACCCCCGGACCUCCACAGUACCUUCGUACCCAGCACAGACGCGUGGGGCCCGGUGGCGCAAGCAAUGGGAUCCGGUUCCGCAAACAGCACGGUCAUAAGGAAGCCCUUACCGCCACCCAUGUGCCGUGCGACUACGUCAAUAAAGGGUUAUUUUAAGUACAUCAACACGGUCAUCUCUAUCGUGGUGUUCGUGGUGGGUCUGGUGGGCAACGCCACCCUGCUGAGGAUCAUAUACCAGCAAAAGUGCAUGAGGAACGGGCCCAACGCCCUCAUCGCCAGCCUGGCCCUGGGGGACCUCAUCUACAUCAUAAUUGAUAUUCCCAUCAAUGUGUACAAGCUUCUGGCGUCACGUUGGCCAUUUGACGACAGUGCUGUGGGCUUGUGCCUCUGCAAGCUCUUUCCCUUCCUGCAGAAAGCCUCAGUGGGCAUCACGGUCCUCAACCUGUGCGCCCUCAGCGUUGACAGGUACCGAGCAGUGGCAUCCUGGAGUCGAGUGCAAGGCGUCGGCAUUCCGCUCUUCACCGUCUUGGAAAUAGUCUCAAUUUGGCUCCUGUCGCUAAUCCUGGCCAUCCCGGAAGCCAUCGGAUUCGACAUGGUCAGCUUCAACUACAGGAACGAAACCCUCCGCACGUGUAUGCUUUACCCCAAAUCGGACUUCAUGAUGUUCUACAAGGAAGCCAAGGACUGGUGGUUGUUUGGCUUCUACUUCUGCGUGCCGCUGACCUGCACCGCCAUCUUUUACACCUUGAUGACCUACGAAAUGCUAAACCACAGGAACGGCAGCCUACGCAUCGCCCUUACCGAGCACCUCAAACAGAGAAGGGAAGUGGCCAAAGCAGUCUUCUGUCUGGUCCUGAUAUUCGCCCUGUGCUGGUUCCCACUUCACCUCAGCAGGAUCCUGAAGAAGACGGUGUACUACCAGAACGACGAGAUGCGCUGCGAUCUGCUCAACUUCCUUUUGGUCAUGGAUUACCUCAGCAUCAACCUGGCAACCGUCAACUCCUGCAUCAAUCCCAUUAUCCUCUACUUUGUCAGCAAAAAGUUCAAAAACUGCUUCAAGUCGUGCUUGUGUUGCUGGUGCUACUCCGACAGCCAGCUGAGCAGCAUCGGGGCCAUGAACGGCACCAGCAUCCAGUGUAAGAGCCCCGAGCCCAACAAUGUGCUCACCGACCGCAGCUUGAGGAAAGACAGCGAUUGAACACCCCCCCCCCAACCCCCCUCAAGAACUCUUUGCAGCCACUAAAGUCGCCGCAGCUAGCCUCCUAAUCCUAAUUUACACGCAUUAAUAUGACACCUUAUGUUUUUUUAAACAGAAACACACUUAGGAACCUACUGAAGCCAGGAAACAAGGUUGAAGAGGAAGUGGACUGAGCUGGGGGGGGGUGGGGGGGCAGGAUGCAGCUAAACUGUGAAUUACUGUCAAUGAGUAGUACCUCGUUAUGAUUCCAGUAAACGGCGGCGGUAGCAGCAGCGCUACUGGGAAAGAGAAAGCAGACAAGCGUCUGUCAAACGGAAUGACGGGAGACCUGCGCCGGCACGAUCCCGUGAGCUGGGAAACAGGAACCAGACCAUAAAUUUUCCAUGGGACACGGCCGUGGAUGUACUCAUGACUCAUUGAUUUAGCGUCCUCGUGUCGGGAAGCUUUGCCUUGAAUGGUCUCGCGUUUCAUAAGUCAUUGGUGUAAAUCAGGGUUUCCCUAAACUGAGGGUUUGUUCCCAAAAUGGCCAACUUUGGGAGCGGCGUGGUGAAGUUAACUUGGAAAUUGCUUCAUGUUGUCUUGACUAGUUGGUGCUCAUCAGGUGAUUGUAUGCAGAAUGCUGGUGCCAGCAACUCAUACAGUGGUUUGUACAGAGAAAUAAAUGUACAGUUCCGUGGAACCUUGGUUAGCAACAUUAAUUCAUUCCAGAAGAAAUGACUGGAACCAAAAGGGAUGCUAACCCAUACGAAUUCAUUCAUUCAUUUUCUACAAAUUUCCCCACUGAGGGACGAAUAAAGGCAUAUCUUAUCUUA